AGAUGGAACUUUAAACGAGUCCUCAAGAUCUCGCGGGAUAUCCUGGGUUACCUAGCGACAGGACUCUAACCACAGCAGCAUACCUGUCCUGUGUGUUAGCUCGGCGUUAUCUUCUCUGGCUUUCACAGCUAAAUUAAUGUAUAUUGGUUACUUUGGUUGAAGAAGAUGUCAUGUAUGGAGCGUCUUCGUAGAUUGUAAUAUUUUUUUCAGACAGUUCAAGGCUUUAAAAAAAAAGUUUAAACUCCGGUGAAAAUGGCAACUGUUGUUGCACAGUCUCACUUCAUUUUCGGUCUGCGGGCAGGUGUCAGAAACAAUCUGUGUUUCUUCGAUGAACAGACUGUGGUGUUCCCCAGCGGGAACAGCUGCGUGUGCUACAACACCAUCCAGAGAUGUCAGAGGUUCAUUACAGGCUCAGAGAAAAGCCAGGGCAUGAAGGCUCUGGCCAUCAGUGCUAACCGGCGUUAUCUGGCAGUGUCAGAAUGUGGUGAAAAGGCCACCAUCACAGUGUUUGACCUGCAGCAUGAGCAGGGCAGAAAGAGAAAAGUUCUGACUGCAGGAGACAUGCCUGUUGAAGAGUUUGUAUGCAUGGCUUUCUCCCCCGAUUCCAAGUAUCUGAUUGGGCAAACAGGUGGCCCAGAGUGGAUGCUGAUCUUCUGGCUUUGGGAAAAACAGAAAAUCCUGGCAACAGUAAAGACCAGUAAUUCAAAUAAUCCUGUUAACCAGGUCAGCUUCAACCCUUACAACAACAUGCAGCUCUGUGUGAGUGGAACCGGCGUGUUGAGGCUGUUCCGCUACUCGGAGGGAGCCCUGAAACAGAGCAGCUUCCCAAAGGUGGAGUCCAUCAAUUUCCUGUGUCACACCUGGAUGACAGAGGAGAGAGUGAUCGCUGGAACGAACACAGGCAGGCUGCUGGUGUUUGAGUCUGGAGACCUGCGAAGAGAGAUUAACAUGGCUUCUAAGGCUGUGCAGGAGCAGUCUGACAGGCAAUUUGAGAUGAAGAAAAUCAAAGAUGCUGACACGGAUGACAAUCCCAACAUGCCUCGCAUCACAGCCAUUCUGUCCUACUCCAAAGGUUUUGCAUGCUCUUUGGGGUCUGGCACUGUUUGUCUUUUUGAAAAGAAUGAAGAGGACGGUUAUAGAAGAAGCAGAGAGAUACAGAUCCCUCCAGACCCACACAGUAAUGAGGUGACCCCGGCUGAAUGCCAGGAGAUAGACACCAUUUGCAUCAGUCCAGCAGAGGAGACUCUGGCCAUCAGCACAGAUAGAGGACAGCUAUACAGCUUCAACCUGUCCUCUGUGGAGAUCAGCAAGGAGGAACAACAUUUUGAGUUCCUAUUGCAGUCCUUCCAUUCCAAGUCCAUCACUGGUUUGUCUGUCUGCAUUCGAAAGCCGCUGGUAGCCACAAGCUCUCUGGACCACUCUGUCCGCAUCUGGAACUAUGAAACAAAACUGUUGGAGCUGUACAAGGAGUUCCAGGAGGAGGCGUACAGCGUGGCUCUGCACCCUACUGGCCUCUUCAUCCUGGUGGGCUUUUCAGACAAACUCAGGCUGAUGAACCUGCUUAUCGACGACAUACGCACCUUCAAGGAGUUCACUGUGCGUGGCUGCAGAGAGUGUGCUUUUAGCCAUGGCGGCCACAUGUUUGCAGCCGUCAAUGGAAAUGUCAUCCACAUCUACUCUGUCACCUCUUUUGAGAAUAUCCUCAAUCUGAAGGGCCACAAUGGAAAGGUGCAAGGCAUUGAAUGGAGCCUGGACGACAGCCACCUGGUGUCCUGUGGGAUGGAUGGCGCUGUGUAUGAGUGGAACACACAGACUGGCAAGCGUGAGUCUGAGACCGUCCUCAAGUCCUGUAGCUACACAGACGUUUCUUUCUCUUCAGACUGCAAGACCAUCCUAGCCGUUGGAACAGACCUCACUCUGAAAGAGAUACAAGACUGUCAGGUCCUGAGGGAGGUUCCUGCUGAUGAGGUAGCUCACACUGCUGUGGCAGUGUCUCACUCUGGUAGGGUUAUUUUCACUGGGACUUCCAAGGGAACCAUCAGAGCCAUUAAAUACCCGUUACCUGUCCAGAAGGAAUGGAUCAUUUACCAGGCUCACUGUGGCCCCAUCACCAAGAUGGCCGUCACGUUUGACGAUCAGUUCCUGCUGACAGUGUCUGAAGAUGGCAGCCUGCUGAUGUCGAAGGUCAUCGAUAAGGAGGGCCGAGGACUGAAGAGCAGCAGGCAGAUCAUCCACACUGAAGAGAUCCUUGUCACCAAGUCAGACCUGGAGGAGAAGAACCAGAACAUGCUGGAGCUGAAGAUGCGCCUGGAGGAGAUGCAGAUGGAGAAUGAGUACCAGCUCCGCCUAAAGGAAUUGAACUACAAUGAGAAGAUAAAGGAGCUUUCUGACAAGUUUACCCAGCAAAUAGACUCCCUGCAAUCAGUGAAACAGGCCAUGAAGAUCGAGAUGGAAAAGCAGGAACGUGAGCACCAGGAAAGUUCUUCAGAGGUCACUAUGAAACACUCAAAAGAGCUAAAGGACUUAGAGUUAUCUUACGGCCAGAAGUUGAUUGUGGAGCAUGAGAGGUACCAGGAUCUCAAGCUUAAAUAUCAGAGAAUGCAGGAAGACUAUGAGAAGCAGCUGAAGGAUACAGAAAAGAGCAAUGUCGAGUCCCUGGAGGAACUGACGCAGCUCCAUGAGGCCAAGCUACAGGAGAAGACUCAGCUCCUGGCUCAGUGUCAGGAGGAUACACAGCAGCAGAUCUGUGAGUUUAAAGAGAUCAUAAAGCAGGUAGAGGAGGAUGAGGAGAGGAAGAUCCAUGACAUCCAGAUCAAGUAUGAGAAGAAACUGCACACUGAGAAAGAGACCAACACAAAUCUGAAAGGAGAAACUGGUCUCAUGACACAGAAGUUCUACAAUCUGCAGAGACAAAUCGAUGACAGGUGCACAGAUAUAAAGCAGCUGAAGCAGGAGCGACAGAGGCUGCUGGGGUUGAUCCGUUCUCUGGAGAGUGACAUCGAGGACCUGAAGCGGCAGAUCUCUGGACACGAAAAGACCAACCAGGACAAGGAUAAGACGAUCUCCAGUUUGAAGAAGAAGAACCAGGAACUGGAGAAGCUGAGGUUUGUUCUUGAUUUCCAGCUAAACGAGUUAAAGAAACAGACUGAGCCUCAACAAGAUGACAUCAAUGAGAAGAAGGAGCGGAUCCAUCAGCUGGAGGAGGAACUGGUGCAACUUGACAAGAACAACACUCAGCUGAAGCUGGUUGUCUCUGACCUGAGGCUGAAACUGAAGACCAGAGAUAAGGAGAUGCAUAAGGAGAUGCAGAAAGUGAAAGAUUUGGAGACACAUCUUCAGCGGCUCAAGUCAGACUUACACUCCUGCGUUGGCUUCAUCCAGGAGCCAAAGAAACUGAAGGAGAGUGUGCAGAUGCUCUAUGCACGCUAUGUAUCACAGGGUGAUGUGGUGGAGAAAAGCAGUGUAGAUGAAGAUAUUCAGAGGGAAUUCUGUCGCCAGCGUGAUUACCUGGAGAAGACUGUUACUAGUCUCAAGACUAGGCUGGCCAAAUCUGCUGCGGAGCAUGAGAAAUUCUACGACAAGAUCAUGAAGGAGAAUGUGUCUCUGAUUACUGAAAUCAAUGAACUGCGUAAGGAGCUGCGUUUGGUGAGAACUCAGGUCAAAGAUUACAAAGCUCAGCUGGCCAAGUUCAAGAAGCCCAACAAGUCCCGUCCUGACUCAGAGCAAGAACCUUUACAAGGUGCACAAACAUGAGGACAUCAACUAAGAAUGUAACAAUCACAAGACUUGGAGAGCUGCUUUAAUUGAUCUUGUUUUAAGAGUUAAUUUCUUAUUUUUAAGUGUACAACAUGCUUAUUUUUAGAUUUAAUAAUCUUAAUUCAAGAAAUCUUGUCAAGUGAAAUUAUCUGUCCAUGCAGCAAGCAUGCAUCAUUUCCCUCAGAUUUAGUGUUUUUAUCUUGUUUUUAGACACACUUUUUUUGCAGUGCAGUGAGAAAUGCUAAGGAGUUCCUGCCUUGAACCAUCAGCACUAACAGCAACUCACAACAAAAUGUCCGUUCUUUCCAUUUGUUGCACACUGUAUGAUUUUCCUGCAAUUACGAAGACGACUCUGUUUAGAGUUGUGUCAUGGCAUUAAACUCACUGAGAUCUUUGUGCAUUUUAACUUGUUUUUGAGUCAAAAUAAACAACUCUAAAAAGACUGUUUCAAUCAUAA